AUGAGCGACCCGUGCCAGUGUAUAUUUGAUCAUGAGGCUGCUAUGAGAAGAUUGAUUAGCUGGCUUCGGGAGAAUGGAGACCAAACGGGAAAUGAUGGUUUGCCCGACUCUAGUCCAGGAAUGAAUUCUAACUCGAUGAUUAUGUGGACUAUGUUAUGGGGAAUGAUUGCUUUGGUUAUGUUUUUCGCUCGACCAAACUCUUUACGUUCGCGACCUCGCGACACAGCUGAGAAGCCGAGACAUGAUGACGAGAAUAACCAGCCACCACCACCUGAUGUCUUAUAA